GGUUUCGCUAACUCCCCCUCACCAACUCUCAUUUUUUUCUUUUGCUUCAAAUUCAAUUCAAAUACCUCUCUUCUUCUUCUUCUUAAUUCAAUUCGUUUUCAUUUCUCACUCGUACCAGACGAAGACGAUCGAUUACCUUCAUUUCCUCCCCCAAAUUAAUUCACAGUUUCAAGGAUCCUUCUGUGGGACCUACAAAACUAACGGUCAGCAACCGUCGUCAAAACAUGAUAAUCAACGUCAAAGAGUCAGUACUAGUGCCGCCAUCAGAAGAGACACCGCGAGUACCGCUGUGGAAUUCAAACGUGGACCUGGUGGUGCCGCGCUUCCACACGCCGAGCGUCUACUUCUUCAGACCUACAGGCGCUUCAAACUUUUUUGAUCCAAAUGUACUCAAGUCCGCUCUUGGUAAGGCUCUGGUGCCGUUUUAUCCGAUGGCUGGACGGUUGAGAAGAGAUGAGGAUGGUCGUAUUGAGAUUGAUUGCAAUGCUGAAGGUGUGUUGUUUGUUGUGGCUGAAACGAACUCUGUUAUUGAUGAUUUUGGUGAUUUUGCGCCUACCUUGGAGCUCAAGCAGCUUAUUCCGACUGUUGAUUACUCCGGCGGGAUCGAUAGUUAUGCUCUACUGGUUUUGCAGGUGACAUACUUCAAAUGUGGGGGAGCCUCCCUUGGUGUGGGUAUGCAGCACCAUGCAGCUGAUGGGUUUUCUGGCCUUCACUUUGUGAAUACAUGGGCAGAUAUGGCUCGCGGUCUUGACUUAACCAUCCCCCCAUUCAUUGACCGGACCCUCCUCCGUGCCAGAGAUCCACCCCUGCCUCAAUUUCAGCACAUUGAGUACCAACCUCCUCCAUUCUUGAAGAAUCCUCCAGAAACCACAAAACCAGAUAGCACAACAGUCUCGAUUUUCAAGCUGUCCAAGGAUCAGCUUAGCAAGCUCAAAGCUAAGGCAAAGGAAGACGGGAAUACAAUAAAUUAUAGUUCAUAUUCGAUGUUGUCGGGUCAUGUAUGGAGAUCUGCUUCCAGAGCUCGUGGACUUGCUGAAGACCAAGAAACCAAAUUAUACAUUGCAACUGACGGACGGUCCAGAUUGAUCCCUCCGCUUCCACCAGGUUACUUCGGCAAUGUGAUCUUUACAGCAACACCAAUUGCAGUAGCAGGUGAUUUGGAAUCAAAGCCAACCUGGUAUGCUGCAAGCAAGAUCCAUGACGCGUUAUCUUGCAUGGACAACGAUUACUUGAGGUCAGCUCUCGAUUACCUAGAGCUUCAACCUGAUCUAUCCGCCCUUGUUCGAGGGGCUCACACUUUUAAGUGCCCGAAUCUCGGGAUUACUAGCUGGGUCAGGCUACCCAUCCAUGAUGCAGAUUUUGGAUGGGGCAGACCAAUUUUUAUGGGACCUGGUGGGAUCCCAUACGAGGGUCUCUCAUUCGUCUUGCCUAGCCCAACAAACGACGGGAGCUUAUGGGUAGCCAUUGCAUUGCAAUCCGCACACAUGAAACUGUUUGAGAAGUUCAUUUAUGAAAUUUAAGAAAUUGAGCUACUGGCAAUAAGUGGAAGCUCGUUUUGUUUUUGUAAUUUCACGGUCAGCAUGUAUCUUUCAGUGUUGGUCAUACAUGUUUAAAUUGAUAAACACAUUGCAGAAGAAGAUGUCCUUUCAGAAGGGCUCCUGUUGUAUACCUUUGCACAUAUGAAGGGACUUUUGGGAAAAGAAAAUUAUGUCUAAUUUUAUACAAUAAGGUUUCUUUUGUUAAA